AUGAGGCUCACCGCCGAGCUUAUCCAAAACUCUCUGUCCUACCUCAACCCGCUCAAAGAGCGAGAGCUGGAUCUACGAGGACACAGAAUUCCCGCGAUUGAGAAUCUGGGUGUUGCCGGCCCGCACGAUGCUAUCGAUCUUACCGACAACGACAUCCAAGUAUUGGGAAACUUCCCACUGUCGCCGCGGCUGCGCACGUUGCUUGUGGCACGUAAUCGUGUCGCCAUGAUCCAUCCGACUCUACCCAAUGCCAUUCCGAACCUGCGCAACCUUGUGCUGGCGAGCAACAACUUGACCGAGCUGUCCGACUUGGAUGUUUUGGGCAAGUUCCCGCGGCUGACACACUUGGUUUUGAUGGAUAACCCGGUUACGAAGAAGGAGGUCAAGGAUGCCGAGCGCAACAAGGCGAAGGAGUUGUUCGGUACAGCUGAGGCACCCACGGAGCUGGCUGCAAAGAUCAUGGGUAUCAAGAGCAAGACUUUCGACGUCACUGCAGUGCCGAACGGUGAAACACAAAAGUCCAAGCUUUCUCGGCUCAAGCUCACGGAGAAGGAGCGCAAGAAAUUGCAGGAGAUGAUUAAGAAGGCCACCAGUCUGGAGGAGAUCAUUCGGUUGGAGAAGUACCUCAACGAGGGGCGUCUUCCUCCAGGAAUCAUGGUAGUGGAAGAUGCCAUGGAGGAGCACAUCUCGAUGACUAGUCAAUCUGUUGACAUUUGGGAUAGGGAUUAA